AAAAAAAAAAAAAAACAAGCCUUGGAUGGAAGCAUUGGAGAAGUUCAAGGACAGCAAUGUGCACAGAAUGGUAUUUUGUGUUUUUAAUUUUCAGCAUUGGCUUCAGAACUGUGCUAAUCUGAUUUAUGGUCCUGUUAAAAAAAUUUAUGGUUCUUUUUAGGCACAUUAGAAAACAAGAAGGGAGACAAUGUCAUGCCUUGGAGAAGAGAAGUCUGGGCAGAUAAGAGUUGAAGCUCAACUCUGGACAGAUUGACAUUCAGGGCUGAAUAAUUCUUUGUCGAGAGGGGCUGUCCUGUGCACUGUAGGAGUUUAGUAGCAUUCCUGGCCUCUACCCACUAGACACGUAACCCUAGGUCCAGUCAUGAUUGCCAAAAAUGUCUCUCCAAACAAUGUUACGUGUCCCCUUGAGGCAAAAUCGCCCCCUUUGAGAACCACUGCUCUGGCAUGAGGCUGCUUCCUAGCUCUGGGACUUUGGGCAAGGGAACCUAACCCCUCUGGGCCUCAGUUUUAUCAUCUGUAAAGUGAAUGCCUUUACUGCACUUGCAGCCCUAGGAGUGUCCAGAGGACUAAGGGGGUGUGCAGCCAGCACUCAGCACAGGGGCUGGUGUAGCCCACGCCCUUGGUAAUGUUAGUUGAGAGAGCAGAGAGCCUGGCUUUCCUUUUCUCUCUUUAACCCGAUCAUCAACAGAGAGCACAGUGUCUGUUCAUAUCUUGGCGAGAAGUGGAUUUAUAUGAUUUGUAUGAUUGGCCCAGAUCCUUGUGUUAAAAUUCAAGCUACCAAAAUUGUCAACUGUGCAAUUUUUCAUUGCACUUUUUCUCUUAAUAAUCACCCUCCCCUAUGCGUAGCUGCUAUUUGACAAUUUGCAGAUUGACCUGUGAAACAAUGAGGUGGACGUCAUUUCUUCCACUUUUAGGCAUGGUUGGAAAUGAGGGGCCUGAGGGCUUAAUAAACACACCUGAGGCCCCUGAGUUCACCCCCUCCGGCCCAUCUGAACCUCCAGCCCAUCUGAACCCCGAGGAAGAGAGUUGUGCAGAUAAAAUAGCUUUUAUGCUGUUCCUCUGCGGCUCCCUGUUAACAUAUCAUCUGCUUAAAUCAGCUUCUUUGCCUGGAGGAGCCCCUGGGGUGUGCUGACACCUAAGUCACCAUCAGCCAAACUAACGGAGAGGGACACCCCCCUGUAAAGGGGAGGCAGACACCGGCCAGCCUGGCUUUUCCUCUCCCGGCUGGCUCAGGACACCGAGAGGAAGGGGCACAUGAGGAGGGCCCGAAAGAAACGGCUUUGUGAGUCUGGGUUGUGUGUUGGGCUCGUUUGGGUUCAUUUCCUCCCCUCUGCCCCUGUCCUGUGCCUGAGCUGGUCGUGGAGCAAAAUGUCCCUACUGGCUCCUCCUCCUAGAGUUACGGAUGGUAAAGAAGCAAUAACUAGCGUUGCUGAGCACUUGGUACAUACUCUAAGCACUCGACAAGCAUUCCCUAGAUUCCCCCGCUCAGACUUCUCCAUCACGGCUCUUAUCGCCACUAAAGACGGGGAAGAGAGUCCCUAGUAGCUUCCCCAGGCCGAGCAGUUGAGUAAUUUGGGGAAGCUGGAAUUUGAUCUCUGCAGCCUUUUUUUCUUUUACGAAAUCUUGGAUGUGCCAUGAAAGGAGCCUAAAGGAUUCUCCAGCGAAGUUAAAACUGCACCCCAAAGCUCAGCACCUGGGGCAUUCCUGGCUCCACCCUCGGAGCCCUUCAUUGCGUCCACUCUCGGAGGAGUCGCUGGAAGCCAGUUUAAUCCCCGUCUGCCUGAGCGACGGAGCGGCAAGCGACCGACAUCCUCCUGGGAGCGAUUGUCCACGGUGCCAGGGGCGUCGGCGCUGGAGAAGCAGGCUGUGGUGCCCGGCGUCCGGGCCCCGCCCGCAUCACCCUUCCGAGCGCGGAGCCCCCCUCCCUCGGAUGUGCGUGGAGCUCCCUGGGGGUCGGGAUCUGCUGCCGACUGGGAUCCCGCAGGCCUGGCCUGGUGCCCGAGUCCGCAUGCGCGGCCUGCGCCGACGGGUGCCGAGACGCCGUCUGCGGCCGCGCCGGCGUUGCCGGUUCCAGACGCCGCCGCCCUCACCCCACUUCAGAGGCCGAACCGAAUUCUUGGAAGAGGAAUUUUGCCUCAGAAGAGAUUUGGGGGACCAGGCCCUAGGAAGAAUUCCACCUUUUGAGGGGAGUGUGGCGUCAGCGUGGUAGAAGAGAAUGACAAGGAUGUGGCGUCAUGUAAGCCGACUGCCGGUGAGCUGGGCGAAACUAACCCAGGCACUCGUCUUGGUCCCUUCUCUUGGUGGGGUGGCCAACCUUUUUUUGGAGACUCACUAUGUGUCAGGGUCUUUUUCCACCGAGGAGCUCUGGAUCACUUUGGACCUAAGGUCCCUUUGGCAGUGAGAAGUGCCCUCAUCUGAGCCAGGACCCCCUUUGGGCCAUUCAUCUGUACGCCGGGAGUCCCUGCGUCGGAGGGCAGACUGGGAUGGCACCCACAUUUUCAUGCUGUAUUUCUUUCGUUAGGCAUAUGCAUUUUUGGAGGCCUAGUAAGGGAUAUUCAGAGGUUUGUCGAUUGCCUCUGUGCCAGAUUGAACGGGACUCUGAUAAAGACCCAGGCAGGGAGAACAUCUGUGCAUCGUGUCCUGCGAAACACUUAGAAGGACCCUAGACAGAUUCGCUGUCACAGCUAACGCACCCUGGACUUGUCCCUGGCUGUGCACAUGGCGGCUUAUGAGAAGAAAAUGGAGACGAGGAAAUCAUGUGUGUAUCACUCUGCAGGAAAAACACUUCAGUCAUGCGGAGGAACCCCUUUGCCGUGGACAUCUGCUGCCGGAAGGGGUCCCGGAGCCCCCUGCAGGAACUCUACAACCCGAUCCAGCUGGAGCUCUCAAACACUGCCGUCCUCCACCAGAUGCGGCGGGACCAGGUGACAGACACGUGCCGCGCCAACAGCGCCAUGAGCCGCAAGCGGCGGGUGCUGACGCCCAGCGACCUGAAGCACUUGGUGGUGGAUGAGGAUCACGAGCUCAUCUACUGCUACGUCCCCAAGGUGGCGUGCACCAACUGGAAGCGGCUCAUGAUGGUCCUGACCGGGCGGGGCAAGUACAGCGACCCCAUGGAGAUCCCGGCCAACGAGGCCCACGUCUCUGCCAACCUGAAGACCCUGAACCAGUACAGCAUCCCGGAAAUCAACCACCGCUUGAAAAGCUACAUGAAAUUCCUGUUCGUCCGGGAGCCCUUCGAGAGGCUGGUGUCGGCCUACCGCAACAAGUUCACGCAGAAGUACAACACCUCCUUCCACAAGCGCUACGGCACCAAGAUCAUCAAACGCCAGCGCAAGAACGCCACCCAGGAGGCCCUGCGCAAGGGGGACGACGUCAAGUUCGAGGAAUUCGUGGCCUAUCUCAUCGACCCCCACACCCAGCGGGAGGAGCCCUUCAACGAGCACUGGCAGACCGUCUACUCCCUCUGCCACCCCUGCCACAUCCGCUACGACCUCGUGGGCAAGUACGAGACACUGGAAGAGGAUUCUAACUACGUCCUGCAGCUGGCAGGAGUGGGCAGCUACCUGAAGUUCCCCACCUAUGCAAAGUCUACGAGAACUACUGAUGAAAUGACCACAGAAUUCUUCCAGAACAUCAGCUCAGAGCACCAAACGCAGCUGUACGAAGUCUACAAACUCGACUUUUUAAUGUUCAAUUACUCAGUGCCAAGCUACCUGAAAUUGGAAUAAAAGGGGGGGGGAGAGGGAGAGAAUCAUGCUUUUUAAUUUAAGAUUUUUAUUUGUCAAAAGAAUUAUAUGGAUAUUGGGUUAUUUUGUAAAUUAAUAUUUCUUCGGGGGUGAUGCUGCGAGCAGCAUGGUGAGAAUUAUUUAAGACCCUUCGUAGGGAAGGACAGCUGUCUUUGCAGGGGGGAUAGGAUGGGUUGUCCUUGUUUUUAGAAGUGAAUACUGCAACACUGUCUAAAAGGUUUCCUUGUGUUCUGGUGAAUUCCAUGAAUUGUGCAUUCCAUAAAUUCUAAUUAAUAUUAUUUAUAGUUAUUUAAACAUGGUCUCUAUAGAUUGCUUUUUGUGGCAGCAAAAUUCUAAUGUCUUUCCAGAAAAAAUCUAUGUUUCCUGCUUUGCUUGCUACAGCUCACUUGGGGGCAUGAAUGUUCUCCUUCCUGACCUUUUAUGGAGUCACAGCCAUGUGAUAACAACCAGUGUUGUGGGUAUGAAUGCCACCAUUCUUGAAUUUCUGCUAGAAAUAAAUAGGUUGCUGUUGCACUUAGAGGCAUCUUUGCAAGGAACUCAUUCCAAACCAAUUCCAAACCUGAAAGUCCCUCGCCCUAAAGAAAUGUGAUUGUUUUUUAACCCAAGGAGAGAGCUGACUGUAGCAAAUUUUUCACCAGAAUUAGUAGUCUGAUAGAAUAGACUUUUUUUACAGAAAUUUUGAACUGGCAGUGCCAGUUGUGGUGAAAGUGAAGUGGCUGUUACUUUAUUUUCAACAAGUAUUUAUUGAGCACCUACUAUAUUCUAGGCCAUGCAGAUAUAGUAUUGAACAAACCCAAUAGUCUUGGCCCUCAAGAAGCUUUACAUGGACACAGAGCUUCCAGCUCAACAAUUAGCAAACCCCUGAUAUUCAUGGACUUUACAUGGAGUUUGGACUAUUCAUGAGCAACCGCAGAAGGUUCAUGACCCCUACAAAUUUGCAUUUUUCUAUGGCCCAAAUUUGGAAACCGCAUGCUUGGAGCAGGCCACUUAAGUUGGUGAGUGAUCUCAAACUCAUUGCCCAACACAUGAGAUGGGAAAAAUGUUUCCUAUCAGGUACCCCUUCCAAUGUAUUGGUAGUGUCUGCCUUUAAGCCCUAGGACGGAUUCUCCAGGCACAGUGUAGGAGAGUGCUGUGAUUGAUUAGCAAUGUCUGCCUUGGGUGAGGGGGGGAAUGCUCCUCAAGUGCCUCCCACUGCUUUCUCCAGCGGACAUGCACGCCCCCAUGUAGAAGUGCUGUCUUCUGCUUGCCACGUCCAAGAGUGAGUACAUGCAUUCAGGGGUUUGCAAGGGUGAAGGGUAGAGGUGAGCUAUUUGUACACAAACACACAUGCACAUGCACACCCUCCUGCAGCCUCCAGGGGCUGAGCGACCAUUGGCACCUUCAUGGCCGCCAUGCAUGGGCAGCAAGGACAGCCUUCCCUGCUCUUAGCCCGUGCCCCCUCGCCUCUGGAAGGCUGGGAACUUUUCAUUUCCUGUUCCUUGCUAAUUAACAUCUACACACGCUUCUCAUUUCCAGCCAUUUCCGAUGCUUCUCGGUUGAAGUUUGAGCCACAUCCCUCUUACAGCUAGUGAAUGAGUCGGUAGCAGAUACUGUAUAUAAUAAUAAUAAUAAUAAUAGUUCUAAUAAUAGGGGAGGGUGGGAUGGGGUUUUGCUUUUUGUUUUGUUUUCGAUGCAGUAUAUAGUGAAGGGGUGAGAAUAUUCUAAACAAACAAAAAAAUGAAUAAUUUAUUCACAGAAACUAUUAAAGUUGUAUUGUAAAGCUCACAGCAAGCUCGGUGAGCAGCAGCUGCAACAUCUCACGGAGGAAAUUAUUUUAUUUAAUGUGAGUGAGAUGUGCACCGGGGAAGGUCGCUGAAGAUAUUUAUAAAACAUUGUGUACCUUCUUCCGAGCUCUCUCCCCUUUGUGAAGGGCACAGCAACUAUGCCCUUGAUGGAUAGAGAUUUAUGCAAUGUGUUUUACCAAGUAGAGUGACAGACCUUGGCUGUCCCUGGAACUGAGAGUCUGGACCUUAUUUCUAGGUGGGGACACUGUCCUCAGAAGGGCUCGUGCUAAUGAAACAGAUUGUCCAACAUUUUCUAACACAGUGUUCUACAGAACACAGGUUAAGUCAAGUUAGUUUCCUUUCUGCAGGACUUUUUCAGAGCCUUGAAUGUGUGCUGUGCAUUGUGAAUCCCCCAGGGCAUCAUUGAGUCAGUAGUAUUUCCUGAACUUACAUGACCAGAGUGCUUUCAUCUGCAGAUCCUCUCACAAAGAGAGAGUGUUCCACAGAAUAUACUUUGGUUAGGUUGAUUUAGCACAUCCGAGGUCUUCAAGGAUAAAAACUGCCACCCCAACACCCCUCCAAAAUAAGAAAACCAAAAAAAAAAAAACCAAAACAGCGCCACAGUCUCCAUCUGGUUUAUAGCAACAGAGGUACUUUACCAAAUGCAUUAAACUUUUACUAAGGUGCAAUGGUUCUAAUCCUGGAUACUGCCACAGACAACGAUCCCAUCCCUCCCAGCGGGCGUGGAGGGAAGUCUUGGGUGGUGUGGACAGCAGGCAGGGAGGGCAGAGGAGGGGCGUAUGUGGCCCAGAGUGGCUCCCUGUGCCUCGAGCCUUACAGAUGCUUCAUGGGAGUGGUGAUCUCUUGAAGAGUGCUUCUUCAGUUCCACAGCUUGGAAUUGUUCACUGUGUGUGCUUUUUUGGUUUUUAAAUGGAAGCUCACAUCGCUUUACGUUUCCGUGCCUGCCUUUGAUCAGUCGUGCAAGCUUGCUCAGUGCCACGCGCAGACGGCCGUCUUUCAUCCAGCUGCGCUCUCUUAGGUGAGAAAGGUUGUCCUUCAGGGGACAACACAUCAAUAGGUUUCUGAAACGAGGGACUCUUUCUCCUCGUGCUUUGUUUUGGGUUCCCAUUUUAUUUUUUAAUGGCAUAAAAACUUUUUAUAAAAAAUGGAUUCAACUGUUUUGCAGAAUGUAGAAAGUAUUCUGUGUCCUUGGUUAAAGAAAUCCAUUGGUGAAGCGUGCCUGGAAAAUGAAAGUUAGCGGUUGUUAGAGAAACAUGUUUGCAACCGUUGUCUGUGCGUGCUUAGCUGGAGAAAAGUACAGGCAGAUGUCCCCUCUCCAAGCCGCUUUUCAAAGGUGAUGCUGUGUUUUAAAGACCAGGUACAGUCAGGUAGUAUUUACAAGGACAUUCCUGCCUACCCUGUCCCUUUGGUUGGAAAACUCUCGAUUAUUCCUGUAGCUUCUCCAGACCCCCCUCGCCACCCUCCCCAGCUGGUCUGGGACGAAGGGCCGUCUUCUGACCUGUGGUGGCUCCAAGGAAACUUUCCUCCUCCCUGUCCACCAGUGAGCUUCCCCCUCCUGCUCGUUUGGGAUAUAGGUGCCUCAGGAGAGCGGUGGGCGGUGGACACCUCAGUCAGACCAGAUCUCCUGGUGGCAAAGGCGUGGAAGCACAAGGGUCUCACCCAUGCUAGUAGAAAGCUCCAGAACAAAGUGUUCGAGUCCCUAGCACGCUUGGCUGGUGGGGUCUGGACCAGUGCUGAGUGUGAUUGCAGAAGUGGCUGUUCUAACCUAGCAAGCACUCAGCCCCGCCCGCCCCUGCACGCGAACACAUACACACGCACACAUGUGCACAUGCAUAAUGCAAGCUGCCCCUGUGUGCGACCCUGGUGACCAAACCCCUCCCUUGCCACCUCUCUGUCAGCAGGACUGACCACAUCACGUCCCCACGUUCCUACCACCAGCAUGUCCUCCAGCCUUUUCCCGUCGCAGUCAAUGGGACCCUACCAACAGGCCACAGGACCUUCCAGAACUAGGUUGACCCUUGUCCGUUCACAGGCGAAUUUCAGUCUUCUGCCCCUUGUUAGGUACAGAAGGCGCUCCCCAUACUAUUUUCUUACAAGCAUGCUCAGUAUGGCAUAUGGGCAUAUAAUUUAACAUCUCUGUGAGUGUGAUUUUCUUUUUUUACAUAUUUGUAUGCAGUAGAGGGUCUGUUGUAGAAAACUCUCCCUGUAUCUUGCUGUACUGUCAAAGAAAGCUGAAUUCCACAUUGCCAACAAAAGCGUGAAAUGUUCAUGAACCUUCCUCCAGGAAAAGCCAUUCAAGCCUGAUUAUUUUUCUAAGUAACUUCAAUUAAAUUGAAGAAAAAA